GCCCCUUGUGGGUCCUGGCGACUCUUGAGCUGUCUUCCUGCCUGCUGUGAGCAGAGCCAUGGCCCAGAGAGCAGGUGAGCAGAGGCAGGCCCGGGGGCCGAAGGAGAAGGUGCUGACGCUGGACAGCAUGAACCCCUGUGUGCAGCGGGUGGAGUAUGCCGUGCGGGGCCCCAUUGUGGCACGGGCCUUGGAGCUGGAGCAGGAGCUGCUGCAGGGUGUGAAGAAGCCGUUCUCAGAGGUGGUCCGGGCCAACAUCGGCGAUGCACAGGCCAUGGGGCAGAAGCCCAUCACCUUUCUGCGCCAGGUACUGGCCCUCUGCAUCAACCCCAACCUCUUGCACAGUGCCGACUUCCCAGCGGAUGCUAAGACAAGGGCAGAGCGCAUCUUGCAGGCAUGCGGGGGCCACAGUCUUGGGGCCUACAGCAUUAGCUCUGGCAUCCAGCUGAUCCGCGAGGAUGUGGCCCGGUACAUCCAGAGCCGUGAUGGAGGCAUCCCCGCCGACCCCAGCAACAUCUUUCUGUCCACGGGUGCCAGCGAUGCUAUCGUGACCGUGUUGAAGCUGCUGGUGGCUGGGGAGGGGCGCACGCGCACCGGCGUGCUCAUCCCCAUCCCGCAGUACCCGCUCUAUUCAGCUGCGCUGGCCGAGCUGGACGCCGUGCAGGUGGACUAUUACCUGGACGAGGAGCGCGCCUGGGCGCUUGACGUGGCCGAGCUGCGGCGCGCGGUGCGCCAAGCCCGUGACCACUGCUGCCCACGCGCACUGUGCGUCAUCAACCCCGGCAACCCCACCGGGCAGGUGCAGACCCGCGAGUGCAUAGAGGCAGUGAUCCGCUUCGCCUUCGAGGAGCGCCUCUUCCUGCUGGCUGAUGAGGUGUACCAGGACAACGUGUAUGCAGAGGGCUCGCAGUUCCACUCGUUCAAGAAGGUGCUAAAGGAGAUGGGGUCGCCAUACUCGGAGCAACAGGAGCUCGCUUCCUUCCACUCGGCUUCCAAGGGUUACAUGGGCGAGUGCGGGUUCCGUGGUGGCUACGUCGAGGUGGUGAACAUGGACCCCGCUGUCAAGCAGCAGAUGCUGAAGCUGGUCAGCGUGCGGCUCUGCCCCCCGGUGCCGGGCCAAGCGCUGCUGGACAUGGUAGUCAACCCACCUGCACCUUCUGACCCCUCCUUUGCCCAGUUCCAGGCUGAGAGGCAGACGGUGCUGGCCGAGCUGGCUGCCAAGGCCAAGCUCACGGAGCAGGUGUUCAACGCGGCCCCGGGCAUCCACUGCAACCCGGUGCAGGGUGCCAUGUAUUCGUUCCCGCGCGUGGAGCUCCCCCCACGCGCUGUGCGGCGGGCCCAGGAGCUGGGCAUGGCUCCGGACAUGUUCUUCUGCCUGCGCCUCCUGGAGGAGACGGGCAUCUGCGUGGUGCCCGGGAGCGGCUUCGGGCAGCGGGAGGGCACCUACCACUUCCGGAUGACCAUCCUGCCCCCUAUGGAGAAGCUGAGGCCGCUGCUGGAGAAGCUGAGUCACUUCCACGCCAAGUUCACCCAGGAGUACUCCUGAGUGCGGGUGGG